UCGAGUCCCUAGCCAUUUCGGGACCUGAGAGGUUCUAGGGUGCGCACGGAGUCUUUUCUCCAUCCCGAUCCCGCCUGACCGCCCCGCUCCCAGCUCGCCUCCUGCAGACUCAAGGUUGGGGGACUGAGUUUUCCGGGGUUCUGCAGCCGAGUUCCCGCCAGAGAUGCCUGGAAAGAAAGCGCGUAAGAACGCGCAGCCGAGCCCUACGCGGGCCCCGGCAGAGGCCGAAGUUGAGUGUGCCCUUCAGUUAAGGAGAAUUGGAGAUAAACUGAAUUUCCGGCAGAAACUUCUGAAUCUGAUAUCCAAGCUCUUCCACCUAGGAACCUGACUGCUUCGGAAGCCUCCUAGCGGGGAGACUUCUUUCAAACAGGAUUCGCCACAUUUCCUCUGUCGCAGGAGGGAUUGCCUUGUUGUAGAGAAGAAUGCGAAGGAGCUCUCAGUUGCUUUCCGAUGCCCUUGUUAAAUGAAGACGGAAUUCGUCUCAGAAGUCAUGCUUUGGGGAUGUCCGACCAUUAUAAAAAACUGCUUCGUUUAUUUUAAAGCAAGGAUGGAGGAGCAUCGACAAUAUGGAAUGAAUUGUUUAUAGAUUUUGUUUCUGCUUAGAGAAUUGUUCUGGUACUUUUGGGAAGGUUGAUGUCCAGCCUAGUGUAAGAGGAGUUCAUAAAUGACUGGCGUGUGGGUGGGGGCCAAGAAAUGGAGCAUGUUGGGUGUUUGUCUACUUAGGGUGACAGCUCCAGGACGAUGUAUAUAUACUAUUGGGCUGAUACAUAUUAUCUUGUUCACAGUAAACAUUUCGUGGGGGAACACUGACUGUCACAGCGAAUGUUAAUGUGAUAGGUCACUACAACAUGUAAAAUAAUUACGUAAUUUGUUUCUUUUGACUUAAAAUGUAUUGCUUCUGUUCAAAUAACCUCUCAUGAAGUGUUUUCCUUUUGGGUUGAAUAGGAAAGUGUGUAAUUUGAAAAAAUUUGACCAAAGUGAGUGUUACUUGAUGCCAGUAAAAUUCUCACAGGUUCAAUAUGAAAAGAUAAAAAGCAUGGGGAUUUUGGAUAACCAUGGCGAAUUUAAAAAAGUGAAUUGGACUUUUUACUGCUAUAAUUAACUUAGUAAAACAAAUCUUCAAAAGUAACUAAGAAAAUGUUUCUGAAGAAGUUUCUAGAAUCUGUAAAAUGCUGUUUUUCAUACUCAUCAAUGUGUACUGUAUAAAAACUUUUUAA